UCCCCCGCAACUCCAACCCUCGCUGAUAUAAAAUCAAGCAGGCGGCCGAAUCCCUCUCUUCUCCUUAGCCUCUUUUUCCCCAUCAAUAACUCAUCACCCAUGUCUGACACCCCAGAAACGAUCCUAGUUCAUCCAGUUGGAUCAAGAGUCGCCAAAGGUUCAAAGAAACCUCACGUAGGACCUGAUCGUGAUGCCUACCACAGCGCUCACUUGCAGACCCUCGGAGAGCACAGUGAUCACUGGUGGGCCAAGACCGCUCGAGAAACCCUCCAUUGGGACCGUGAUUUCCAUACCGUUCGUUCAGGCGGAUUCGAAGAUGGCAAUAUCGCUUGGUUCGUAGAAGGGCAGCUGAAUGCCUCGUACAACUGUGUCGAUAGAUGGGCAUUCAAACAUCCAAACAAGACUGCGAUCAUCUACGAGGCUGAUGAGCCUAAUGAGCACCAAUACAUCUCCUACAAGCAACUCCAUAUCGAAGUAUGCCGAGUCGCGAACGUCUUGAAACAGUUGGGAGUGAAGAAAGGCGAUACCGUAUCCAUCUACUUACCCAUGACAUGGUAUUCUAUCGCGGCUUUCUUGGCUUGCGCGCGAAUCGGUGCUAUACAUUCCGUUGUAUUCGCUGGGUUCUCGUCCGAAUCCCUUCGAGAUCGGAUCGUGGAUUGCAAAUCCAAAGUCCUUAUCACCUCUGAUGAAGGUCGUCGUGGUGGAAAGUCUAUCGCAACUAAAGCGAUUGUUGACGUUGCGCUCGCUUCUCCGGAAUGUAAAGGGAUCGUAGAGAAGGUCCUCGUUCUGCAGAGGACGGGAGGACAGGUUAACAUGGUCGCUGGGAGGGAUCUGUGGUGGCAUGAAGAGACCGAAAAGGUUCCAGGGUAUUGUCCGUGCGAGGCCAUGAACGCCGAGGAUCCAUUAUUCAUUCUCUAUACCUCGGGCUCGACUGGAAAACCGAAAGGUGUUGUCCAUACCACUGGAGGUUACUUACUCUGCGCUGCUCUCACUGUCAAGUACGUUUUCGAUGUCCAUCCCGAUGACAAUUUUGCUUGCAUGGCGGAUAUCGGUUGGAUCACUGGGCAUACGUACAUCGUCUACGGCCCUCUCGCCAAUGGCGUAUCCACCACAGUCUUCGAGUCUACCCCCGUCUACCCUACGCCGAGUAGAUACUGGGAGACUGUAGCGAAACAUAAAAUUACCCAAUUCUACUCUGCGCCUACCGCGAUUAGGUUGUUGAGGAGAUUAGGCCACCAACACGUCGAACCUCACGACCUCUCAACGCUUCGUAUCCUCGGAUCCGUAGGGGAACCCAUCAACCCCGAAGCAUGGACUUGGUACCACGAACAUGUGGGAAGGAAAGAAUGUUCGAUCGUCGAUACGUUCUGGCAAACAGAAACCGGCUCCAUCGUCAUCACUCCUUUCCCAGGAGCUAUCUCCACCAAGCCCGGCUCAGCUACCGUCCCAUUCUUCGGCAUCCACCCUGAGCUUUUGGAGCCUACUUCGGGCAAAGAACUCGAAGGAGAGACGGAGGGUGUGUUGGUGUUGAAGAAACCAUGGCCGUCUAUUGCGAGGACGAUUUGGGGAGAUCAUAAGAGGUACCUGGAUGUUUAUAUGAAGCCUUACCCCGGCUACUUCUACACUGGCGACGGCGCUGCUCGCGAUGCUGACGGCUACAUCUGGAUCAAAGGCCGAGUUGAUGAUGUUAUCAAUGUUUCUGGGCAUCGUUUAUCGACCGCUGAAAUCGAGAGCGCGUUGAUCCUUCACAAGGGUGUGGCAGAGACGGCUGUCAUUGGUACGAAUGACGAGUUGACUGGCCAGGCGGUUUAUGCGUUUGUCACGAUGAAACCGGAAUUCACAUACGACGCUGCAGAUGAGGCUUCGUUGAUCAAGGAGCUCGUUAUUCAAGUUCGGAAAACGAUUGGACCGUUCGCGGCGCCGAAGAAGGUUUAUAUUGUUAGCGAUCUACCGAAGACGAGGAGCGGGAAGAUCAUGCGCCGAAUUAUGCGUAAGAUUGUUGCAGGUGAAGGAGACCAACUGGGUGAUCUGUCUACGGUUGCGGAGCCGGGUGUGGUGGACGUCAUUAAAAAGAAGGUUGCUGAGACCAAUUAAUGGCACAAUGGACGAAAUGAGAAGGGUGUAUGUGUGUGUGCCUUGAGCUUAGGCCACCGUUGAACCAGAAGUUCGAAAUAGAUGCAAAAGGAGAUGUAUAUGUAUUUUGUUUUUGGUUGAUUUAUUUCUGUCUCUGUAUGAUAAAAUAUCCACCGUAUUGGUAAUAAGCCGUUAUAACGGUACUAGUGUCGAUUAGUGUACUCAAUCACAAAUUCGUUAAGACACUUGAG